CUUACUCGUACUCAUUCUGCAACACAACCAUUUGAACAUUAGCAGAAGCUGAGGAAUUACUUGACAAUCUCGGAUCCUCAUUUAGCAUUGCUUCAAACGAACUCCGCAGGCAGGCGACGGAAAACGAACGGCCGCAAAGAGCACCGGAUCUACCCCUCCAAAUUCGUACUUUAUGCCUUGAGGGAACCAUGCGGGUAGAGGAUCUCAUGUCUCCAAGACGAUAACCACAGGCGGAGUACAAGAUAGUUCAAGAUGUUCUUGAACGGUCUGGGGAAAGCCCGUUGCUUCAAUUCAAGAGCGACUCUCAAGCGGCAGCCAUGGCAAAACGCGCCUAUAGGUCUCCGAUCGUUCACCAAAACCACUCAAUUUCUCAGAGACCAGCCAAUGCGAGCCCCGAUCCAGAGCCAGUCUCUCCCUAAUCCAAAAGCCGCAGAAAAUGUACCAAAGAAAGUGCCAGAAACAGCUCGGAAAGCAGCACCAGCACGGAAAGAUCCCCUGGCGCUGGGGAUGCAAGACAAGACCGUUUCCGAGCAGCGAAAAGCGGAUUGGGCGAUCAUGAGAGAGAUGGCAAAAUAUCUAUGGCCAAAGGAUAACUUGGGAACUCGUGUCCGGGUUGGAGUUUCCGUCGUUCUCUUGGUUGGCGCAAAACUCCUCAAUGUUCAGGUGCCAUUCUACUUCAAAAGCAUUGUGGACUCCUUGAAUGUCGAUUUUGUGGCAGUCGGAGGCACCGCAACGACUGUUGCUGGUUCGAUGAUAUUGGCCUAUGGGGUAACGAGAAUUGGGGCCACACUUUUCCAAGAGGCCAGAAAUGCCAUCUUUGCAAGCGUUUCUUACAAAGCUAUCCGAAGCGUGGCUCGAGAUGUGUUUCAUCAUCUGUUAAAGCUGGACCUGAAUUUCCAUCUUAGCAAACAGACUGGUGGACUUACGAAAGCUAUUGACCGAGGAAGUAAAGGAAUCAAUUUCUUGCUCAGCUCCAUGGUUUUCCACAUCCUACCCACUGCUCUAGAGAUUUCUAUGGUUUGCGGCAUCCUGACUUAUCAGUAUGGAAUCAAAUUCGCCGCCAUUACCAGUCUCACGAUGGUUGGUUAUACUGCUUUUACAAUUUGGACUACUGCGUGGCGAACCAAAUUCCGAAGACAGCUCAAUGCCGCAGACAACAAGGGCUCUACUGUAGCUGUUGACUCGUUGAUCAACUAUGAAGCUGUGAAACAUUUCAACAAUGAAAAAUACGAGGUUGGGAGAUAUGACCAAGCGUUGAAAGAUUACGAGAAAUCUGGUAUCAAGGUGGCCACAUCUUUGGCAUUUUUGAACACGGGACAGAAUCUCAUAUUUUCAAGCGCGCUCACGGCUAUGAUGUACCUCGCAGCAGACGGGGUGGCCAAAGGGACGCUAACUGUGGGUGACCUUGUUAUGGUGAAUCAGCUAGUCUUUCAGCUCUCGGUACCCCUUAAUUUCCUCGGAUCAGUUUACCGAGAAUUACGACAAGCUUUGCUUGAUAUGGAGACCCUUUUCAAUCUUCAAAAAGUCAAUGUGUCAAUCAAAGAGUUGCCGAACGCCAAGCCAUUACAACUCACCAAGGGUGGUGAGAUCACGUUUGAGAAUGUGACCUUUGGAUACCAUCCAGACCGUCCUAUUCUGAAGAAUUUGAGUUUCACGAUACCUGCCGGCAAGAAAAUUGCUGUGGUCGGACCGAGUGGCUGUGGUAAAUCCACAAUACUUAGGUUGCUAUUCCGAUUCUACGACGUUCAAGAAGGGCGAAUUCUCAUUGAUGGUCAAGAUAUUCGAGAUGUUUCCUUGGAAUCGUUGAGAAAGGCCAUUGGGGUUGUACCGCAGGAUACCCCUCUCUUCAACGAAUCGAUUGAACACAAUAUUCGAUAUGGUGAUAUGAGCGCUUCUUCUGAGAAGGUACUUGCGGCCGCUCAAAGAGCCAAGAUCCAUGACACUAUAUCCAAAUUUCCUGAUGGAUACAAUACCAUGGUUGGAGAAAGAGGCAUGAUGAUCUCAGGAGGUGAAAAACAACGCUUGGCCGUGUCAAGGUUGAUUUUAAAGGAUCCUCCAUUGCUUUUCUUUGACGAAGCUACAUCUGCAUUGGAUACCCAUACUGAGCAAGCAUUAAUGGCAAACAUCAACAGCAUUUUGAAAGAGAAAUCAAGAACGAGCGUCUUUGUGGCACAUCGAUUACGAACAAUUUACGAUAGUGACAAGAUCAUUGUUUUGAAGGAGGGCCAUGUUGCCGAGAGUGGCACACACCGAGACUUGAUUGAUACUGGGGGUGUGUACUCGGAGCUUUGGAGUGGUAAGUUGUCCGUAUCUUUCAACGUAAUUUACUAACAGUUACUAGCUCAAGAGACUCUAUUUGAUGAAGAUGGUGGGGAGCGCGAUGUCAUUAUUGACGGCACGGUAAUUAGCGAAAAGAAGCAAGACCGUCCAACCACGCUUGAAUAAGGUAGUAGUAUGUCUAUGAAAUUUUCCUUCCUUCGAUGUUUCAAUGAAUCAGUGGUCAAGCAAAUCUUCCUGAGCGUGGCAUUGUGGCUGCAGCGGAUAUGAAGACUACAAUUUGGAUAUGUACGAUAUGUACUACUAGGCGUCCUUCGCUCCAAGUUUCACCAGGCUCUGCUCGGAUUGAUAAGUUGACGAACCAGAAAUUGAAACAAAAAAAACCGAAGGCAAAUUUGAAAUGUUCUUUAUACAUUUCGCUUACUGCUAUACCGUAGUCGAAGUCCU